AUGAACACUUUCAAAUGUAUUCCUAUGGAAUCUAGAAGAAAAUUUUCGAAACUAAGUCAAAAUUAUAGUUCAUCAAAAGGAAACAUAAAAGAUGUGAAUUUUCAUUAUUUGAAUUGUCAUAACAGUAAAAAUAAACCAGCCUCUUUUAUCCAUGACCUUAAUUUUAUGAAAUGUAUUUUAUCAAAUAAUGGGGGAAAAUUAAGAGAAGAAAAUUCGUCUAUACAUGAAAAGGAAUACUUGAAUAAAAAUAGUACAAAGGAUGGAGGAAAGCUAAUAACUAUUAUUUUAAAUAAUACAUUAUGUGGAAAUUCAUCGAAUAUUAUUUCCAAUUCGGACAUUCUGAUAUGCGCGGAUGGGGGUGCUAAUCGGCUGUAUAAUUUGUGCGGGGAAGUUGAUAAAAAGAAAAUGCAAAAUGAAAAAUGUAAUGUACAUAAAGAGAGGGAAAUGUAUGGAAAAAGGCACGAAAUAGACAGCCAAAAAGAGAGACAAAAACUAACUGAAUCACAAAUACAAACGCACAAAAAUAACAGUAUGGAAAAGGUCGAUAUGAACAUGUUAGUAACAAAUAGAAAAGAGUCAUGUACAGGUGAAGCAUUAAAAGAGAAUAAAAACAAGAAUUUUAAAAGUGCAGAAUCGUACACAUAUGAAGAGGAUCUGCAUGUAAAUAAAGACAAAUUAUUUUAUAUAUUUAACAAACUAUGUAAAAAAGAUCAAAAAAGUCUAAAAUUUCGUCAGAAUGUUUUACCAGAUUUAAUAUGUGGUGAUUUUGAUAGCAUAAAUGAACAUGUGUAUGAUUAUUAUAAGAGCAAAUCAGUUUUAUUUGAGAAAUGCGAAAAUCAAGAAAACACAGACUUAGAUAAGUGCAUUGAAAAAAUAAGACAGCAUGUUAACAAUAAUGAUAAAAUACUAAUUUUAGGAGCAACAGGAAAUAGAUUUGAUCAGACGUGUGCAAAUAUUUCCUCAUUAUACAAAAGUGUUUCCUUAAAUAGUCUUUAUUUAAUAGGGGAAAAUAAUUUCUUGUUUUUAUUAAAAGAAGGAAAUCAUAUUAUACAUAUAAAUUUUCAAAUUUUUGAAAAAUUUUGUGCAAUAUUACCAAUUGGAGGAAAAUGUAAAGUUAAAACAGAAGGAUUGAAAUAUAAUUUAAAUUAUGAUUGCUUAAGCUUCGAUGCUUUAAUUAGUUCAUCAAAUGAAAUUAUUUCAAAUGAGGUAAAAAUUUUUAAUGAUUCGCCAAUAAUAUGGUAUUCUCAGCUGAAAAAUGCGGAAUUGUGUGUGCAGUGUUCGGGUUGA